AUGGCUGUCGGAACCGUUCUUGUCACUGGUGGCACUGGCUACAUUGGGUCCUUCACCACCCUCGCGCUUCUCGAUAAUGGAUACGAUGUUGUGAUCGUCGAUAGCCUUUACAAUUCCUCAAAGGUUGCCGUUGACCGCAUCGAGCUCGUCUGCGGCAAGCGCCCUGCGUUUUACCAAGUCGACAUCACCAAUGAGGCUGCCCUCGACGAGGUGCUUGCCAAACACCCCGAGAUCGACAGCGCCAUCCACUUUGCCGCACUCAAGGCGGUCGGCGAAUCGGGCGAGAUCCCGCUCGAGUACUACCGCGUCAAUGUCGGCGGCAGCAUCUCGCUCCUACGCUGCAUGGAGAAGCACAACAUCACCAACAUUGUGUUCUCGUCCUCAGCCACCGUCUACGGCGAUGCCACGCGCGUCCCCAAUAUGAUCCCCAUUCCCGAGCACUGCCCGAUUGGCCCUACAAACACGUACGGCCACACCAAGGUCAUGAUCGAGACCGUCAUCACCGAUCACAUCGAGGCACAACGGCGCAACAACCAGAAGGCGGGCAAGCCGUAUGAGCAAUGGAACGGGGCUCUUCUCCGGUAUUUCAACCCCUGCGGCGCCCACCCGAGCGGCAUCAUGGGCGAGGACCCGCAAGGCGUGCCCUACAACCUGCUCCCUCUGCUCGGCAAGGUUGCGACGGGCGAGCGCGAAAAGCUGCUCGUCUUUGGUGACGACUACGCUUCGAAGGACGGCACGGCGAUCCGCGAUUACAUCCACGUCCUCGACCUUGCCAGCGGUCACUUGGCUGCCCUCAACUACCUGCGCGAGCACAAGCCCGGCGUCAAGGCAUGGAACCUGGGGUCUGGCCGUGGUAGCACGGUCUUCGAGAUGAUCAAGGCCUUCAGCAAAGUCGUCGGCCGUGACCUGCCCUACGAAGUCGCGCCGCGGAGACUCGGUGACGUCCUAGAUCUCACGGCCAACCCCGCUCUUGCGAACAAGGAGCUCAACUGGAAGACCCAGCUCACGUUGGAGGAUGCCUGCGCCGACCUCUGGCGCUGGGUCGAGAACAACCCCAAGGGGUACCGGCAAGAGCCGCCGGCCGAACUCCUCGAGGCUCUCAAGGCGAAGAAGGCCUAG